UUAUAAAUUCUGACAGUGACAGCUGCAGAAAACGAUGCAGGAUUUCUGAAGAAGCGCCCAUGUUUUUUGCUGGAAUCCAUGAUCGAUUCUCUGCUUCCGUUUGUAACAAUACACAGACGGGUUUGUUGCAAUGAGAUUGUUGGUCCAUUGAAAGUACACGACACAUAUAUCUGCCAGAAUAAGAUCUUUGUUGCAUCCAACUCACUGCAAGCAUGGUUCUAAAGAAGCGUAAACACAGCACCAGUCGACUCGAAGAUGUCCCACUGGCAGACUAUGGAGCUGAUGAAAAUAUCACCGACAGCGUUAAGAUUCAGUGGGUCAACCAACCGUGGGUGCGAGGCGUGCUUCGUGGUAUGGCUUUUAUCAGCUUCAUCUCAGUCAGUUGUAACACUCCUAAAACAUUCGAAGUCAUCCCCAGUCUGCAAUACAUCACCUUUGUCAUGGAUAUUAUCGUGUGUGUGAUCUUUACUGCUGAGAUGAUUGCAAAGAUGCAUAUGAAAGGUGUCAUCCGAGGGGAAGCACCCUAUCUGAAGGAUAACUGGUGUGUCUUUGAUGCCAUCAUGGUGCUUCUGGUUUGGGUCUCGGUGGCAUUGCAGUUUUUCCAGUUGAUAGAAGUUGUGAAUGCAGUCACAGUUUAUUCCAUUCUGAGGUCACCACGUCCACUGAUGGCAAUACGAUGUGUACGGGUCUAUCUCAAAUUCCAACUGCCCAAGUCUCGUGUCAUGUCUAUUUUUAGGCGAUCCGGCCAGCAGGUUUGGAGUGUGACUAUCUUUCUGGUCUUCUUUCUGGUCUUGUAUGGAAUGCUGGGAGUGCAGAUGUUUGGAAGUCUCUCUGCUCACUGUGUUGUAAAUGGUACAACAAACGAUUCUAACUUCACUAUGAAUGAGCUAGCGAUACCAGACACACACUGCUCAGUGGAUUACGGUAUGGGACAUAAAUGUCAUCAAGGAAUGACAUGCAUAAACAGAGAUUCACUACCAAGAGAUGUCAUGGGAUACAAUGGCUUUGAACACAUAGGAUCCAGUAUCUUCACAGUAUAUGAGAGUGCCUCUCUGGAGGGUUGGGUGUUUGUCAUGUAUAAAGUCAUCGACAGCUUCCCACCAUGGCGUGGCUACUUCUUCUUUGUCACAAUGAUCUUCUUUCUUGCCUGGCUUGUGAAGAAUGUGUUCAUAGCUGUCAUCAUCGAGACAUUUGCUGAGAUCAGAGUUCAGUUCAGACAAAUGUGGACCAACAGAAACACAGCAGAAUCAGCAGUUGAUUCAAAGGUGCUUCAAGAUGACGGGACCUGUACACCGUGGAAAUUGACAACUGUGGAUGAAAAUAAACCGCGAGGCUUAGCCCCUCAUUGCUGUCAACUCAUUCUACAGUCCAGGGCUUUUCAUAUGGUCAUCUUGAUACUGGUGAUCAGUGAUGCAUUGCUAGCCUCAACUUACAACAUGCUGAACUCACUUGGACAGAAAGAAAGCAGCAGAUACCAUGAUUUCCUGUAUGCAGCGCAGGUGACUUUCACCGUUCUGUUUGACUUGGAGGUUGUGUUCAAGAUUUGGUGUCUUGGUUUCUUUGGUUACAUCAAGCGAUCACUUCAUAAGUUUGAGUUAUGCUUGGCGCUUGGAACAACUCUGCAUCUCUUCGACAAAUUAUACCACACACAGUUCACUUACUUCCAAGUGGUGCGAUGUGUUCGUCUGAUCAAAUUGUCGCCAACAUUGGAAGAUUUCAGUCGCAAGAUUUUUGGCCCAUUCGUCAAGCUGGGCACACUGAUUCUAUUCACCAUGAGUUCUCUCAUCGUAGUAUCAGUCAUUAGUCUUCAAUUAUUCUGUUAUAUUCCGGACCUCAAGCAAUUCUGGACCUUCCCUCAUGCCCUCAUGGCAAUGUUUCAGAUUCUAACCCAGGAGGGUUGGAUUGAGGUAAUGAAUGAAUGUAUGCUCCAUGCCAGCGAAGAUGUAUCCAGUUUAAUCGCCGUGUUCUUUUUAACCUACCAUCUUUUUGCCUAUGUGAUUGUACUGAGCAUGUUUGUAGCUGUCAUCUUGGACAACUUGGAGUUAGAUGAGGAUUUAAAAUCUCUCAAACACCUCAAAGCAACAGAGCAAGGAAACCUCAUAGAGAAGUUACCUCUGCGACUCCGAGUGUUUGAAAAAUUCCCCGACAAACCUCAGAUGGUUAGUCUGUCUCGUCUGCCGUCAGAAUUCUCUCUUCCAAAGAUCAGGGAUAGUUUCAUCCGUCAGUUUGUGGAGACAGGAACAGACAUGGAGAGAUUAUUACGACGAUCAGUCAGCAGAGAUACUCAGGGUCACAACCAGGGGUCAAUGGUGGUGGCUUUGCCUGACCCAGCUAAUCAGCUGCGCUUACUGUGUCGACGAGCCAAGAUGCUAGUCACCUGUCAUGUACCUAGUUUGGUGCACAGGAAAACUGGUAUUGCCGCCAUUGUCAGAAACUCAGCCCAUCAAAGGGUACUCAGUCUUGGCUAUGGCGCUAUUGGUUACCGGGGUCGUAUGCUUAGCGAGUAUGGAUGUCGAGACCGCAGGUCGGUAUAUCGGUUGAGGGCAUUGCGUGGGUCACUGAGAGGUCACAAGCCAAUGGAAUCCAUCAAGGAGAAUGGAGACACUAUAACCAAUCGCAAUGUGUCAUUUAAUAUCAAAGUGAUACAGGAAAGGAAGCAACAAGCUGUACAGAAGAGGACUGCCAAGGAAGAGGAGCUACGAGAGAACCAUCCCUACUUUGACACGCCCCUUUUUGCAAUUGGUAGAGAGAGUCGCAUCCGCAAGAUCUGUAGUGCUAUAGUAUAUGCCAGAUACAAUGCUACUCUCACUGAUGAAUCUGGAAUGGCCAUCAAGCGUCGUUACCAAGGAUUUCAUGAUUUCCUCGCCAUGGUGACCUACCUGACAUGGUUCUCCAUUGUCUUUACUGUGGCUGCCUGCAUUUCUAUGAUGUUUGAAGAUGCAAAUAACAGGGUCAUGGAAACGCCUGCUCUCCAGGUUGCGGAGUAUGUCUUUGUUAUCUUCAUGAGUUUGGAGAUGAUGCUCAAGGUUCUGGCAGAUGGCCUAUUCUUUACACCAAAGGCUUUGAUCCGAGACGUGGGUGGUGUUUUGGAUGUCUUCAUCUACUUUGUUAGCCUGGUUUUCCUGUGCUGGUUACCCAAAGAUAUCCCACCCAAAUCUUUGGCUUAUAUCCUCAUGAUUCUGCGGUGUUUCCGUCCACUGCGCAUAUUCACAUUGGUUCCCCAUCUCCGGAAGAUGGUCUUUGAGGUGCUAAGAGGUGUCAAGGAAAUUAUGCUGGUAUCCAUCUUACUCUUGGCACUGAUGUUCAUCUUUGCUAGCUAUGGUGUUCAGAUCUUUGCUAACCAGCUUGCCCAGUGCAAUGACCCAUCGAUUACAUCAAAGGAACAGUGUGUUGGGAGUUUUGUCCAGAAUGUUUCCGUGGUGAAGUUCCGUAAACCGAGGGAUUAUGAGCUCCAGCCAGGCUUCCUUGUUCCUAGGGUCUGGGCUAACCCACGUAACUUUGACUUUGAUAAUCUGGCCAAUGCCAUGCUAGCAUUGUUUGAGGUCUUGUCACUUGAAGGUUGGUUAGAAGUCCGUGACAUCAUCAUUGAUAAAUGCACAUUGUGGCAUGCCAUCUAUAUCCACAUCUUUGUCUUCAUCGGAUGUAUGAUUGGACUGACACUCUUUGUUGGUGUGGUCAUCACAAACUACUUUGAGAGCAAGGGUACAUCAUUGUUGACCAUUGACCAGCGGCGAUGGCAGGAUUUGAAAGGAAGAUUGUCUCUAGCUCAACCUCUUCACUUGCCGCCAAGACCAGACCAUUCGUACUUCCGGGCUCGUAUGUAUGACAUCACGCAGCACAAGUACUUCAAGCGCUUCAUUGCUUGCUUGGUUCUAAUCAACUUCUUUCUUCUGUCAUACCGAUGGGUAGACCCUGGCCAACCAUCCAACACUGAGCCACCCAAUAAAGCAUCAGAGGCAUUGGCUAGCGUCUCGGUUGUCUUGACCAUGAUGUUUGUUCUUGAGGUCAUCUUGAAAUGCAUCUCAUUGAGUCCCAUUGGUUACUGGCACAGUCGACGUAAUCGCUAUGACCUCUGUGUAACCUUGAUGGGGGUCAUAUGGGUAGCGAUACACAUCUGGAAACGGGGCCAGUUCAGCUACGCAAUGGGAUCAGCGGUCAUUCUCUUUAGAUUCUUCACAAUUACUGGCAAACAUCCAACAUUGAAGAUGUUGAUGAUGACGAUAGUUGUGAGUAUGGUGAAGAGUUUCUUCAUCAUUGUUGGUUUGUUCAUCCUCAUCACAUUCUAUGCCUUUACUGGCGUUGUGCUCUUUGGCAAAGUCAAGUAUGGUGAAAUGCUUAACAGACAUGCCAACUUCGAGCAUGUUCCUAACGCUAUCGCUGUGCUGUUCCGCAUUGUAACAGGAGAGGACUGGAACAAAAUUAUGCAUGAUUGCAUGAUCAGUCCACCGUAUUGCAGCACCACUGGUGACAAUUAUUGGCAGACAGAUUGUGGGAAUGUCACUGCAUCACUCUUAUACUUUGGUUCUUUCUACGUCAUCAUUGCUUACAUCUUCCUGAAUCUACUCGUUGGUAUCAUCAUGGAAAACUUCUCACUCUUCUAUUCAAAUGAAGAGGAUGCGUUGCUAAGUUACGCAGACAUUAAGAACUUCCAGAUUACUUGGAACACAGUAGAUGUAGGCAGAAAGGGAGUGAUUCCUGUGAGCAGAGUCAAAUUUGUUCUGCGUCUGCUGCGUGGCCGUCUGGAGGUUGACAUGGAGAAGGAUCGUUUAUUGUAUAAGCACAUGUGUUGUGAGAUUGAGAAAAUGAGGAAUGGGCAGGAUGUCACGUUCCAUGAUGUGCUCAGCAUGUUGUCUUAUCGAUCUGUGGACAUCCGUAAAAGUCUUCAACUUGAUGAACUUCUGGCCAGAGAGGAGCUAGAGUAUAACAUUGAGGAAGAGGUUGCCAAGGAAACCAUCCGUACAUGGUUGGAAAAAGUCUUGAAACGAAUGAGGGCGAAAGAGAAAUCUCACAUGCAGAUUCCUAACUUCCUCCUGGGGUCCUUGCCUAAUGAGAGAGAAUCUCAUAAAAUUUUAGAUGUCCCAGCAUUCAUUGAGACAGCUGCUAAGGAUGAUGUGAAACCUGAAGACAAAGAAGGAAAUGAGAAGUUGAAACCAUCACCAGAAUCUAACAGAGACCAGGACCAUGCACCUCAGAGUUCUCCUAGUCACAAGUUACUGGUUCCAACCCUCUCAGAGGGUGGGGCAACCAAGCCAGACAGCGAUGAUCAAGGAGCAGGGUUAAGGGUCAGACGACAAGGUCGCAGACUCCAACCAGGGUCAACUUCAAGCACUCCAAGCAGUACUCCUAGCCCAGUGCCACUGUUUCCUAAGACAGUCAAAUCUUCCAUGGUAUCAUCAGCUACUAAAGAUGUUCAAGAUUGGUGGAAGGAACAGCUUCGAUAUGACAGUGGAUCUGAAGAGGACUGAGUAGAUCUCAUCUGUGAAGGUAUUUACCAUGGCUUUAACAUUUAUUUUGUAACUCAACACAAGUACAUAGACUGUACCUGUGUGUAGUUUUGUAUAUAGCAUUACAUUGUAUUAAUGCCACUGUUAUGUUAAACACUGAUGCUACCUUCUUGAUUGUCAAAGAUUGUCUUAAAUCUUCAAUUAUUUUGAAGUGGAGGAAUGGCCACAUUAAGACUUAAGACCCCCAAAAGUCUCCAGUUUUUGGUCAGCGCACGUCACUGUAGACCUGUACUUCAACAAAAUUCCAACAGUUUUUAUUUGGUAUUAUACGAUGUCCAAAAGCUGCCAAACUUGCUUGCCUGGAAUCCUGCGCCUGCGUACAUUUAACAUGUUUGAGAUGGGGUAUGGUUGAGUACAUGUAAUAUCUACAGUAAGGAGUCUCUUUAGACCCCAAUACAUUUAGUCAGGCACUCUUUUGCAGAUGUCAUUUCUGUAUUAUACAUUUUCCUCUGGGAACCAAAUGAGAUGGUCUUAUGUCUUGUGUACAUCUACAAGCUGAAAUGCAUUUAAACAGCAAAUAGUGGGGGCCGGUCUAUUUCAGUGUUAGUAGCGGCAGUACGUAUGUGCUACAUGCAGUCAUGAUGGACAUCGUUCAUAUGCGUACAUCAUUUCUAGGAAAAAAAAGUGAGGGCAAAAAAAAAAAAAUGCGUCACCACACCACUUUGAAGCCAGUCCCUGACCAGAAACCAGAGAUGUUUUUUGGCCUAAACAAGAUCAGAUGUCAGUGUUGAAGCAGCGACUGAGAUGAUGACUGCCAUAUAUGUUUGUUUUAGUGUACAUCCAGUGCAGGAAUACGUAUACAUGUAUGUGCAAUUCUUGUUUUUUUCUUCUUGGCAGCUGUUUGUUCAAAACAUUUCGUGCAUUUAUAGUGAGAACUCAUGUUAAAGUUUUUGAGCAUAUUACAAUUAUAAGUAUCGUCAGUUCUUUUUAAAAUUAUUUUUCAAGUGUAUAGAAGUUAGUUCUUUAAGUGUAUACAAGUAUAUUGACUAUUAAUAUUUUCAAAUGUAUCAGUUGUUUUGAAAGCAAAGACAAAAGGUACAUUAGUUCUGCAUGUAUUUGAAAAUUUAUUUAAUUUGCUAUUUAUUUUUAAUGGGAAGAAAAUGUGAUGGUAAUAUACAUGUGUAAGGAUGGGCACUUGUAUGGUGAGCAAAUUAACAUUUUUUUGUCUUGAGGAAACUGGCUGAGUUGUAAGCAACUGUCUGAAAGUUUGUAUUGUUACACUUGUGUAUAAAUUAGUAGAACGUGUAUCUGUUGUUAUUUUAAGCAAAGUAUGGAAAAUGAAUAUCUUCGGGCUUCCGUUUCUUUAUGAAGUUUUAAGAUGGAAAUGGUGAAUGUUGUUGCAUGAGCUGCAGGAAGUUGUGUUGUGUGAAUAUGUCAACAUACUUUACCUUGAUGAACAAAAUUUGUAGUACCUUGAAUUUAAUCAAAAUUCUUGUGUAUUAAUAAGAGAAAGAUUUAUUCAGAAAUGUAUGAUGUGUUCAUCUUUGAAGUAUUUCGCACUUUUUAGAGCCAUACCUUAAUGUUAAAAACUUGAGUAAUGAUAGUGAUAAUAAGCAGUAAUUGUAAAGUACAUAGUACAAUGAAGUCUAUGUGCUGGGAAGAUUGAACAGAUAAGUUUUGAGUAUAUAUUUACAUUGUUCCAGGAUGGGACCGUUUUAUGUGAUAUGAAAGGUUACACCAAUGUUAAGGUGCAGAGAAUUUACGAUUUCAUUUAUUGCAUAAAUUGUAAAUUGUUAUUUAAUGUAUAAGUAACCUUUUUAAAAAUUAACAUUAAUGUGUUGUCAGUAAAUUUUCAAGUUUAGUCUAGCAUGAAAUUAAUGUAAUUUAUUGUGCUAUGACAGCUUCAACUAUACGUUUUGAUGUCAUUUAGUUUUCUGUUCAGACGGCUUGUUGGUAUUCUUCGUAAUGUUGAUGAAAAGAUGACAUCUUGGGAGUUUUCGCCCUGUAAAGCAUAAUAAGUCCUUUUAAUUUUGGUACAAUUUUGCAAAUUUGAUCACCAUUCUGAAUUGCGGCCUCUGGUAUUCAACUUUAUUUUUUAGUUUAGACAAAUGAAUAGUUCAGUUGGUAUAAUAGUGUAUUAAUGUUCACUAAAUAUGGUCAUCACUGUUGCCAAGUAAAACAAGGAAACGUCCUUAAAGUGUAACUUCCU